CUCGCCAGGCAGGAAGCAAGAAAGGAGUUCCUGGCUCGGCUGCUGCAGAAGAGCCUCAGAAGAGUGUCCGGCCGGCCGGGAGACGUCGAGCAGAGCCAUGGGGAACUUCCCGGGGGGGCUCUCCCUGACCCCCAGCAGGAGCCUCUGCUCUCGGCAACGGGCCUCCACCUCCGAAGACAUGGACCUCAACAACAAGAGCAGCUGCCCGUCUGACCGCCACGUCGAACCCCCCAAAUACUCCCGGAUCAAGAACUGGGAGUCGGGCUCCAUCAUGUACGACACCCUCAGCGCCCAAGCCUUGCAGGAGGUGCCCUGCAACGAGCGGCGCUGCCUGGCCUCCCUGAUGUUCCCGCGCCAGCUCUGCUCCGCUCCGGAGGGUCCCCGCGCAAAGGAGGAGCUCCUGCCCCUGGCCCGGGACUUCCUCUGCCUCUACUACGGCUCCAUGAAGCGGGCCGAGUCCCAGGCCCACACGCAGCGCCUGCAAGAGGUGGAGCAGCAGAUCGCGGAGACGGGGACCUACCAGCUCCUGGAGGCCGAGCUCAUCUUCGGGGCCAAGCAUGCCUGGCGCAACGCGGCCCGCUGCAUGGGGCGCAUCCAGUGGAACAAGCUGCAGGUGUUCGAUGCCCGGGACUGCACCAGUGCUCAGGAGAUGUUUACCUCCGUCUGCACCCACAUCAAUUACGCCACCAACCGUGGCAACCUGCGGUCCGCCAUCACCAUCUUCCCGCAGCGCACGGCAGGGCGAGGGGACUUCCGCAUCUGGAACCAGCAGCUGAUCCGCUACGCCGGGUACAAGCAGCACGACGGCAGCAUCCUGGGAGACCCGGCCACCAUUGAGCUCACUGAGGUCUGUGCCCAGUACGGAUGGCGGCCCCCCUUCGGGCGCUUCGACGUGCUCCCGCUCCUGCUGCAGGCCCCCGAUGAGGACCCCGAGCUCUUCCCACUGCCCCCCGAACUGGUCCUGGAAGUGCCCAUCAGACACCCCACGCUGAAGUGCUUUGAGGAGAUGGGGCUCCGCUGGUACGCGCUGCCGGCCGUCUCCAACCUUCUGCUGGAGAUCGGGGGGCUGGAGUUCCCGGCGGCCCCCUUCAGCGGGUGGUACGUGGGCUGCGAGAUCGGCAUGAGGGACUUCUGCGACGCCCAGCGCUACAACGUCCUGCAGGAUCUGGCGGAGCGCAUGGAGCUGGACACGCGGACGACUCUGUCCCUCUGGAAGGACAAAGCAGCCGUGGAGAUGAACGUGGCCGUCCUGCACAGCUUCCAGGUGGCCAAGGUGACCAUCGUGGACCACCACGCGGCCGGGGAAUCCUUCAUGAAGCACCUGGAGAACGAGCAGCGGAUGCGGGGGGGCUGCCCCUCGGACUGGGUCUGGCUGGUGCCCCCCAUCUCCGGGAGCCUCUCGCCCGUCUUCCACCAGGAGCUGGUCAACUACCAGCUCUCGCCUUGCUUCCGGUACCAGACGGACCCUUGGAAGACCUACAUCCCCAAAGGCACCACCGUCACCCGCAAGAAGACCUUCCGGGAGAUUGCCAACGCGGUCAAGAUCUCGGCCAAGCUGAUGGGCCACGUCAUGGCGCGCCGCGUCAAGGCCACGAUCCUCUACGCCUCGGAGACCGGGAAGAGCAGGGCCUACGCCUUGAACCUGCAGCAGCUCUUCAAGAGCACCUUUGCCCCCCAGGUGCUGUGCAUGGACGAAUACGACGUGGUCUCCCUGGAGCAUGAGACCCUGGUCCUGGUGGUGACCAGCACUUUUGGCAAUGGAGAUCCCCCUGAGAAUGGAGAGGGUUUUGCCAAGGCCCUGAUGGAGAUGUCCUGCCCUUACCUGGGAGCCACGGAGCCAGAGCUGCAGAAGAGCUACAAGAUGCGCUUCAACAGCAUCUCCCAGUCCGACUCCUUUGUGGCAUCUUGGAGGAAGAAGCGCCGGGAGUCCAGCAACACCGACAGCGCAGGGGCCCUGGGGACCCUCCGGUUCUCGGUCUUCGGCCUGGGCUCCCGGGCCUACCCGCACUUCUGUGCCUUUGCGCACGCGGUGGACACGCGGCUGGAGGAGCUGGGCGGGGAGCGCAUCCUGCCCAUGGGCGAAGGGGACGAGCUCUGCGGGCAGGAGGAGGCCUUCCGCACCUGGGCCAGGAGCGUCUUCAAGGCGGCCUGUGAAACCUUCUGUGUGGAGUCUCUGCCCGAAGCAGCGGCCACAGAGGUCUUCAGCACCCGCUGCAGCUGGAAGCGCCACCGGCACCGCCUCUCUGUCCACCACAACCCCUUGGACCUGCUGGCAGGUCUGACCCAUGUGCACAAGCGCAAGGUGGUCCCCUGCCAUGUCCUGUCCGUCAAGAACCUCCAGAGCCCAGAGUCCAGCCGGUCUACCAUCCUGGUGCAGCUGCAGACGGGAGACCACCCUGAGCUGCGCUACCAACCAGGAGACCACCUGGGCAUCUUCCCGGCCAACAGCCCUGAGCUGGUGGAGGACCUGCUGGAGCGCAUCGAGGACCCCCCGCCCCCCGGAGAGACGGUUACCGUGGAGACCUUGGAAGCCGGAGUGGAAGGCGUGAAGCGCUUGUGGGUGCCAGACCCCCGCCUACCCCCUUGCACCCUGCGCCAGGCCCUCUCCUUCUUCUUGGACAUCACCACGCCGCCCAGUCCACAGCUGCUCCAGCUCCUGGCCACGCUGGCAGAGGACCCUCGGGAGAAGGAGACGCUUCAGCGGCUCAGCAAGGACGCCCUUCUUUACGAGGAGUGGAAGUGGUUCCGCUGCCCGACGCUGUUGGAGGUGCUGGAGGAGUUCCCCUCGGUGCCCCUGCCGGCCUCCCUGGCCCUGACCCAGCUGCCCCUGCUCCAGCCACGCUACUACUCCAUCAGCUCCGCACCAGGUGCCCAUCCGGGGCAAGUCCACCUCACCGUCGCCGUCCUCAACUACCACAGCCAGAACGGAAAGGGGCCCCUGCACUACGGGGUCUGCUCCACGUGGCUUUCCCGCCGGGUGCCUGGAGACAUGGUGCCGGCUUUCGUCCGAGGGGCCCCCAACUUCCAGCUGCCCCAGGACCCCUCUGCCCCCUGCAUCUUGGUGGGGCCUGGCACCGGCAUCGCCCCUUUCCGGAGCUUCUGGCAACAGCGACUACACGAAAUUGAGACCGAGGGCCUUCCGUCCAGCGAGAUGACCCUGGUCUUUGGCUGCCGCAGCUCCCUCCAUGACCAGAUCUACGAGGAGGAGAUUCAGGAGGCCCAGCAGAAGGGGGCCCUCAGCCGGGUCCUGACGGGCUUCUCCCGUGAUCCGGAUUACCCCAAGGACUCUCUCCCCAUACAUUCCAGACCUACGUCCAGGACCUGCUGCGGAUGUCCCUCUCCGGCUACGUCUUCGAGGCCCUGUGCCGGCGCCAGGGCCACAUGUACGUCUGUGGCGACGUCACCAUGGCGACAGGGGUCCUGCAGACCGUCCAGCAGAUUUUGGCCAAGGAAGGGAAGAUGGCCCUGGCCGAGGCCGGAGACCUGAUCAGUGAGCUCCGGGACAAGAACCGAUACCACGAGGACAUCUUCGGCCUGACCUUCCGGACACAGGAGGUGGCCUCUCGCAUCCGGAGCCAGUCCUUCACCAGCCACAGACGGAGCUUGCUGAUGGGGCCCUGAGCCGCCCCGCUUCCGUGGGGACUUCGCACCUUCUAUGUUGAUGUCCUCAAAGCCGUUGUCAAAUACCCUGCUCAUUCCUGGCCUUGGCGGAGAAGGGAUUGAGGGGGCAACAGGGGGAAAGCAUCUUGAUUUGGCCACAAAUGAGGUCCAAGUGCAAAAGGUCCAAGUCGAAUUAAAGGAUUCUGGAGUCUUGGGUUCCAGAACUGGACUGAGCUCCUAGUCUUUCCCCUCCAAA